CUGUCGGCAUCAUUUCUAGUUAUUAAUUUUGUUAGUUUAUCAGAACAUUGUUUUUCUGAUGACCUCGGAAAAUUUAUCUCUCUUCACGUUUCAUAGUCUUGCUUAAAACCAGUGAAUAAAGAUCUGCAGUGGUGGACUGAAUAUCAUUGUUUUCCGGUAUUUGUUUUUGCGAAAAUGUACACAUCAAAUAAAACUAUGUUAAAAUUCCCUACUUACAAGAAGCUUUGGUUUCCGCCGUUACAAAACCUUGUUCAGAUGAGUACCACUACUACUAGUAACACGUUUGAAAAUGAUUUUCAUAAAAACCACAUUCAAAUUAAUAACUUUCAAAGAGGACUUCUUACCGUAGGAUCUGCAUUUAUGUCAAUAGUAGAUCCGUACAGAGCCGAUAUGAUUGCUUGUCUAGGAGAAACGGCAGGAACGUCUGCUAUUAUGUACAUGAUGAGGAAAAUGGAGAGUUCUGAAGAAGGAGCAGAAAUAUUACGUCAAAAACCAAGAAUCAACUCGCAAACUGUCGACUUAGAUAAGCUUAAAAAAUACCCGGAAGGUACUUUAGGAAGAACUUAUACACGUUUUUUGGAAGAUAACAAUGUAACACCGGAUUCUCGGCUCCCUGUCCAAUUUAUUGAUGAUGUAAAUGCGGCUUACGUAUUACAGAGGUACAGAGAAGCUCAUGAUUUAUUUCACGCAAUUUUAGGAAUGCCGACAAAUAUGUUAGGUGAAGUAACCGUCAAAUGGAUCGAAGCCAUUCAAACUAAGCUUCCAAUGUGUAUCGGUGCAGCGAUUUUUGGCCCUGUUCGAUUAAAACUGAAACAUCGAAAUUUAUAUAAAAACUAUUAUCUACCUUGGGCUCUUGAAACAGCACACAACAGUAAAUUUUUAUUAAAUACAUUUUUCGAAAAACGAUGGGAGCAACCUCUUAAUGAAUUACACAAGGAACUUAAUAUUAAGCCAUUAGUUCUACCGAAUACAUAAUUCGUAAACAGUGGAUUUUUAAUGGCUUGUUUUUUAGUUAACUUAAAUUUUUUGUAAUAAUUGUAAAUACAAAAUAAUUACUGUUUAUUUUAAGUUUGACCUUCAUUAUUUGAAUUAUGUUCAGUAAUUAAAGCGCACGCGCACGUUA